AUGGGUAAUCUAUUUUGUUGCAUACAAGUUGAUCAGUCCACAGUAGCUAUCAAGGAGAAAUUUGGAAAGUUUGAUGAAGUACUUGAUCCUGGAUGUCAUUGCCUUCCUUGGUUUCUUGGCAGCCAGCUCGCAGGCCUUCUGUCUCUGAGGCUGCAGCAGUUGGAUGUUCGUUGUGAGACCAAGACAAAGGACAACGUUUUUGUCACUGUUGUUGCAUCUAUUCAAUACCGUGCCCUGGCAGACAAGGCAAGUGAUGCUUUCUACAAACUUAGCAACACAAGGGCUCAAAUCCAGGCCUAUGUUUUUGAUGUGAUAAGGGCCAGUGUCCCAAAGCUUAAUCUUGAUGAUGCUUUUGAGCAGAAGAAUGAGAUUGCCAAAGCUGUGGAAGAUGAACUUGAAAAGGCUAUGUCUGCUUAUGGAUACGAGAUUGUGCAAACGCUAAUUGUUGAUAUAGAACCAGAUGAGCAUGUGAAGCGGGCAAUGAAUGAGAUCAAUGCAGCUGCAAGAUUGAGGGUGGCGGCUAAUGAGAAGGCAGAGGCUGAGAAGAUUCUACAAAUCAAGAGAGCUGAGGGUGAGGCUGAAUCAAAGUAUCUCUCUGGACUGGGUAUUGCUCGCCAGCGACAAGCUAUUGUGGAUGGCUUGAGAGAUAGCGUUUUGGGCUUCUCUGAGAAUGUGCCAGGGACCACUGCAAAGGAUGUCAUGGACAUGGUGCUGGUCACCCAGUAUUUUGACACAAUGAAGGAAAUUGGUGCUUCCUCUAAAUCCUCUGCUGUGUUUAUUCCUCAUGGACCUGGUGCAAUCCGUGAUGUUGCUACUCAGAUUCGAGAUGGACUUCUUCAGGCUUCAGCCAACCAGUAA